GCGAAGAAGUCGCAAGAAAUAAUAAAGUUUAAAUAAAAAAAAAAGAGAAGAAAAAAAGUUGUGAAAAGAGUACACAAAGUGUGUGCCUUAUAAAAAAGAGCAUUUAAGAAACUUUAAAAAUAAAAAUAAAAUAAACUUUAAAAAAAAUUAAAACGAAAGUGAAUGAAAAGUUAAAAAUAAACAAAAUAUUUCUUUUGCACACUGAAAGAAACGUGAGAUCUCGCGAGUAUAUCUUAAAAUUAUUUUGAUUGAACUAAUCAAAUGUUUAGUUAAGACAAAAAUUCAAAAGCAUCAAAAGGAGUCACCAAAAACGAAGGCAAAAUGAUUGGGCUUUUAGAAUUUUUCAUUCUUGUGUGCAUUUUUAGCUACUUUAUUGGCAAGAAUCGCACCAGCACAAUGAUUGAUAUUUUGACGACGAGAUUUCAUGAUGCAUACAGCUAUCUUGUAUCGGAAGAUGUGAAUAGACAGAACGAUAACAAUAAUGAUAUAAUGAAAGAGAAAACAUCAAUUAACAGAUUUAAUAGUGAGCACAUAAAGUAUACCAAAAGCGAGACAACAUUAAAGGAUGCUGAUCAACUAUCAAAUGGAUAUGGAGAUAUUAAAGAUGAUGAAUCAUCAAUUUUACCAAUGGAAGGUCUCAUUUGCCGGGAUUGCUCUAAGAGCACGAAUAGUGAAUCGCAGAUAAAUAUUUUCGAUCGUGCACGAAAACCCGUCGAUAUUUUAAAGGUGACUCAACAUGCGCCAAGUACAAAUAAGUACGAUUGGGGUUCAUAUUUUCCUCAUGUGGCACAAAAUCUUCGCGUUAAAAAGUACAAAUACAAGCCAAUUUUUGAAAGUGUCUUAAAUCACAAGCGUAUUCAGCAUGAAAUUGAAAGAGUUGCAAAAGAUGCCGUACGUGAAAGUGAUGUAUCAUUUGAAAUGGAAGAUAUUUAUUAUGAGAAAAUGCUUGAUAAAUCUAAGAAGAGAGCACAUAAACUUCUUUGUGACAUGCGACAUGCUUUAUCAGAUGGACUUCUGAGACUAACAUCGUACGUGCUUUAUAAACUAUUACCAUGGUUCUUAUCUGGCGUCGUUGCACAUCCCGCACAAAUAGAAAUGCUUAAGGUUGCACAAAAGAAAUUACCAAAUACGCCAUUAGUCUUCUUGCCAUUACAUCGAAGUCAUUUGGAUUACAUUCUUGUGACAUUCAUUCUACUUAAUAAUGAUAUUAGAUCACCACUAGUCUGCGCUGGAGAGAACCUUAAUAUCCCCGUCUUUGGCUUCUUACUCAGGGGCUUAGGAGCUUUCUAUAUCAGACGAAAAAUUGACGGUGAUGAUGGAAAGAAGGAUUAUAUUUAUCGUGGAUUAUUGCAGACAUACAUGGAAGAGAGUAUAAGUGCAGGUCAUAACAUUGAAUUCUUCAUCGAGGGAGGGAGAACAAGAACUGGAAAACCGGGAUUGCCAAAGGGUGGCAUAUUAUCAGUAAUUGUGGACGCAUUUGUUGAUGGCCUCAUUGAUGAUGCUCUUCUCGUACCAGUUUCGGUAAAUUACGAAAAACUUGUUGAUGGCAGUUUUGUUCGUGAGCAAUUGGGAAUACCAAAGAAGAAGGAAUCAUUUAGAAAAGCAAUUGCUUCAAUCUGGAAAGUUCUUAACGCUAAAUACGGUCUUAUGAGAAUCGAUUUUAAUGAGCCAUUUUCACUACGAGAACUCGUUAAAUCGUUUAAGGAACGUAAAGCAUCAGUUCCACGUCCAGUUCCAUCUGUAAGACGAUUAAUUUCGAAGCCAUCAAUGACAUCAGUGUACGGCGAAAUGGAAUUUACUGAUAAACAUAGAGCACUUGUGGAUAAUAUAGGACGUCAUGUUGUUUAUGAUAGCUGCACGGCAAUGUCAAUUAUGUCUACAAAUGCUCUAUCAUUUCUACUUUUGAAUAAAUACCGAAAAGGUGCAUCAUUAAAGGAACUUGUAAGCUCGUUAGACGAAAUUCGAGAGCAAUUUGAAGGAAAACGCGAUUUUGGAUUUGAUGAGCCGUCAGAAAAUGUGAUAAUGACUGCAGUCGAAUUGCUUGGCACUGACAUGAUAGAUCGUAACGUUGAUGUAAACGGUAACAUUUUUAUUGCUCCAGUAUUGUCAAUUCCAAAUGUUGUAGAGACAUUUUACUAUUCACAAACAUUUGCACCACACAUUGCACUAGAUGCUGCAGUUUUAACAGGAAUCGCAGCGGAACUAAAAGAGAAUAAUUGUUCAAGUUUAACAAUGAAUGAUAUUAUAGACUCAACAUUACUCUAUUGUGAUGUUCUACGUAAUGAAUUUAUAUUUCACAAGCCUUGUCAGAACAUAAACGAUCAAAUUCAAUUAACUGUCGAACGUCUAUGCAAGCUUGGCUCAUUGACAAAACUUAAAGGCUCGGAUGAAUAUGAACUUAACAUUAAAUUAUCCGAAACAUUAUUAUCAUCUAUGGCAGCACUUAAUAUCACAUAUUGGACUACCACAGAGUGCCUUCUAGAUAUCUUUGAGAAAGGACACAUACUCGAAAGUGAUUUCAUUAAAUUAUGCAUAAAUCGCAUAACCGAAAAGUACAACGACGGUACCAUCACAUAUGGUGAAGCAAUAUCGACUGAUUCAAUUAGAAAUUGUCUUAAAUUACUUCAAAAGUGGAGUGUGGUUGAGGUUGAUGUACAAAGUGGUAAACGAAUAAUUUUAUUAACAUCACUCUACAAUUCAAUAUCGAGCAUCGAAACUGUCGUCGAGAAAAUUGAAAGAAAUGUGAUUUUCAAAUAAGAAGAAGAAAUUCAAUAUCUUUACCCAUGUACUCCUCCUUCUUAAAACUCUAUGACAUGUAUCUUACUGUAUAUAUAUUCUAGCUUUAUACCAUUCAACAUUUUUUCAAUUUUAUAUGUUUGUGGUGCUAAAUGAAUUCAGAGAUGGUAACUUUUAUGCUUGCAUGUCAAUUUAUUUAAUUUGUAAGUGCUAUUUUUAUGAAAAUCCUGCAAGGUAGCCAUUUUAACUUUAAAUUCAAUUUCUUUAAGAUUGAAAAAUGUCUCGAGCAAACAACACCUUACCGAAUAAAAAUUCGUUAUCAGCAUAAAGGUUCCAACUCUAGAAUCAAAUAUUGUUCAUAUGUAAAAGAAGCUACAAUUGAAUGGGUAGAUUCAGACGUCUGAAAGUGAAGCAUAUUGAAUUUAUAGUCAAAAAAUGCAUUUCUUCGUCACUUUUUCUUAUUUUUCUUCUUAAAACAUUUUGUUAUUUCCAACAAAUUUGUUUCUUCUUUUGCACUAAAAAAACAUGUAUCAUACAGACGCAGCAAGUGACGACUAA